UAGCAACAGCCGGGUUAAUGUGGAGCUGGGUCCUCACCUGAAACCUCUCAUCUAAAUACAUAUUACACCGCUACACCUGCUUUGUACACGACUAAACCCUAAGCCAACAUGCCUCCGAAGAAACCCGCCCCGGCCGCGGGAAAUAAAAAAACUCAAGAGAAGAAAAAGGAAAAGAUAAUUGAGGACAAGACAUUUGGCUUGAAAAACAAGAAAGGAGCCAAACAACAGAAGUUCAUCAAGAACGUCACUCAUCAAGUCAAACAAAGUGUCAAAACGGAUGGAGACAAGACCAACAAGAAGGGUGAUAAAAAGAAAGAGUUGGAUGAACUCAACGAGCUCUUCAAGCCUGUAGUUGCUGCUCAGAAAGUCAGUAAAGGUGUCGACCCGAAGUCGGUGCUGUGUGCGUUCUUUAAGCAGGGCCAGUGUACUAAAGGCGACAAGUGCAAGUUCAGCCAUGACUUGUCUAUGGAUCGUAAAUGUGAGAAGAGGAGCCUCUACGUGGACGAAAGAGACGAUGAGCUGGAGAAAGCGUGCAGCUCUUGGUAUCCACGUGACUCGGAUCACCCUGGAGACUUUCCUGGCUUGGAAGAAGAGGAAAAGGCAGGAGAAGGUGGAUAAAGCGAGAGAGGAGAUGGAGAAGAAGAAGGCCGACUUUAAGGCUGGAAAAUCGCUAGUGGUGAGCGGCCGCGAGGUGUUUGAGUUCCGUCCAGAGCUCGUUGACGACGACGACGAAGAGGCCGACGACACUGGAUACACCAACCAAGAUGAUGAUGAGAGUGAGGAAGAGAUUGACACUACAGAUAUCCAGGACAUAGACUUAUCCCGUUUCGUUCCACAAGAGGUCGACAACACAGGUAUUACCGUAGCGUCCACGGACCGCUUCACUGCCAAGAAUAAGAAGCAGCACACGGAAGAAGACAACGAGGAACAGCUGAACGGAGCGUGCGUUGGCGGCGCCGAGGCCAACGGACUGUCGGGUGCCGAGGGAGGCGGAGAAGACGAAGGAGAGGAAGAAGAAGACGAGGACGAAGAUGUGCCGGUGGACGAAAACCUGUUCACGGGAGAAGAUCUAGAGGAACUCGACGAGGAGCUCAACACAAUGGCGCUGGAAGACUGAGAAGGAAGUGGAGGAGGAAGUGGAGGAGGAAGUGGAGGAGGAAGGAGGGAGCUGGAGAUGGACUAAAGUGACUUAAGGUGGACUGAUGGAUGCAUGGAGCUAAACAACAAAGAGACCCGAUGUUUGAAUGAUUUUAAAAAGAUUUCAGAGACUCCAGUAAUAAAAGCCUGACUAUAUCACGACAUCACUUCCUGUCUCUGCCCCCUCUGUUUUCUGUAUCACCCCCCCCCCCCCCCUUACGCCUCCCCAAAAUCACUCUCUCUCUCUCUCUCUCACAGCCCACAGAGUCUUCAGGGUAUUUUGUUUUUUCCCCCCCUCUUAUCGGGUGUCCACAGGGCCAAAUUAGGGAUCAUCAGGGCCAACUCCACAUGAAUGUUGCUCAGAAAUAUUAAAAAAAAGAGAGACUUUAGCUGCUGUCGUGCACUUUUUUCUUCUUCUUUUUUUUUGGGGGGGGUCGCUCCACAAGCUCACUCGUCUUCUUUUCCAUUGGAAUAAAUUUUUACUUUUUUGAAUAAAAUUAGGCUUCAAAUUGCUUUUUCUACCCGAAUCAAAGUUAAAAUAUUGUAAUAUAAUGAUUUGCAGAGUGAGAUGUUACAACAGAAAAGGGCUUAGAAAUGACGGCAUUGUACUUUUAAAAUUAAUAAAGAAGAUUAUACUGUGGAAGGAGGAGAAAGGCUUCAAUAAAUCUUACAGAUUAUUGAUUAUUGGGAGCUUUUUACACAGCGGGGGAAAUGAACAGGAGUGAUUCUGUUGUAAGAAAUUCAGUCUUGUUCAAAGCUUCACAUGUUUAAACCAAAAAAAGAAAAAAAAUUAAAAAUCAAAUUGUUUUAAUGGCCUUCACACUUCAGUUUAUCAUGUCCAUUCAGCUGAAGUUUAAAACCCACAUUAUAUUUUUGUGUGUUUAAUGGGAAGAAGAAGAAAAAAAGUUAGCUUCUGAAAUGUUGUGGCCCUUUUUUUCUGAGACCCAGAUUAGCGCUCUUAUUGUGAAAAACUCCAACAGGAAGAAGGAAACCCCACAUUAAUCCCAUUUGCCAGCCCAGUAUUGUAAAUAAUAUUCUCAUGAGAUGCCUCCCAGGGGAAAAAUAAAAUAUUACUGUGCAUCCA